ACUAGUAGUCAGACAGCUCCUGCCUCACACAGCACAAGUCUACAGACCCCCAGACACUGCACCAUGGCUCCAUGCAGUGUGAGGACCCUGGAUCAUCAGGCUGGUGGCCAACUCAGAAAGCUGAGGAAACCGGUGAUCGAGAAGAUGAGGAGAGACCGGAUUAACAGCAGCAUUGAGCAGCUGCACAUCUUACUGGAGAAGGAGUUCCAGAGACAUCAGCUCCCCUCCAAACCUGAGAAAGCUGAUAUCCUGGAGAUGACGGUCACCUACCUGCAGCGCCACAUGGCGGAGAGAAAUGUCACAGCCUCCAGCCAGGCCCAGAGAGAAGGCUUCUCCACCUGCGUCCAGGACUCCAUCACCUUCCUACCAGUUCAGAAUCAACAGGACAACAAGAAUAUCAGCUACUUUAAUGGACACAAUGUAUCCUAUGAGUUGUCCACUAUGAUGACCUCUAAUGAACAAAGUCUGUUUACUGGCAACAGGAGCAAAUCCAUUUGGAGACCAUGGUGAAAGCUAACCAUGACAUUGUCUGCAUGAUGAACUGGUCCAAGAUGAAUAUUUUCUGCACACCUGACAAUCCUUUGUAAAUUAACUUAUGUGUGAUGAUGAUGAGAUGUCCACUCCACUAGAUAGGUGGUGACUUUUAGAAACCGAAGCUUUCUCAUAGAAAGUUGUGUUUUUCCUUAGCUUAGGGGAGUUAUAUUGAAGUUCCUACAUCAGGAACGAAAACGUUAACUGGUUUUGAGUUGCAUAGUUUGCAUGUAUUUUCUCAUGCUUAUUUAUAUGGAGUCACAUAGUGCCCCCUAAAUUAUCCUAUCAAUUUAAUGUCCUACAGUAUUGUGUACUCAGGUCAUGCUGCAUCCAAGAUAGGUUGAGGGUUAUAUCUUCCAGUCCAUUGUGAUGGACUCUAAUAAUAUGUUCCUUUUCUUCUGUGAAGACGUUUUAGCAGUGAAGAUGCUAUCGUAGGGUUAACACUUAUGUGUAUUACUUAGGAUGACCAUGUCUUGGUCCUACUCUUGCUAUUUUGAGAGUUGUUGUAUUAAAAGAAGGUUUUUCUUUAAUGUUUUAAUGAAAAUGACUGUAAUUUCUAUGAAAUUUGUGUGCUCACUUGCUGAUUGUUUGAAUUAAUGCAAUUCAGUGGGUGUGUGAUAUUGCAUUGGA